AUGAAUUCUGACUGUGACGAUAAAAUUAAGAGUAGCAGUAGAUAUCAUCAUUCAGAAUCUUGUACAAAGCUAAACUAUGUGUAUACAUCUCGCCAGUGCGACGAAUAUUUGGAUUAUUUGGAAGAAUUGAGAAGAAUCAUCUUUGGUCAUAACUACCGCAGAACCAUGUCUUCUGGUACUGCGUUUGCUUCAAACCCUGACUCCAUCCAAUAUCACACUCAAAACGGUAAAACUUUAGUCUAUCAGAUCGGAGACACAUCAGACUACGGCAUCACUCUCUCACCAGUUCCGUCAGAAACUGAAACUCUGGUCACAGAAACGUUUUGUGCAGAAAAACACGUACUCAAUCAGAGAGAAGUUUCCAAAAUCAUCCCUCCCAGUUUGUGUCAUGCUACCAUAGAAGAAGCUAUCAGUAGCUACUUUACGGAUUCCAAAGAACUUCUGAAUAGUGCAAAACUAGUUAGCACUGAUUAUGUUUCUCAACCCAUUGCACAUUCUCAAUUUCAAAAAGGGCAACUGGAUUACUAUCAUCACGAAUCUCUCGAUUAUCACGAUUUCAAAGACGUUGAAAAUUUGAGUGAGGGGAUUGACGAUUCGUUUGCAGUGUUUGAAGAGUUUGCUAAUGUUUUGGAAGAGACUGAUUCAGUUUUUGAGGAACUAGUUAAUGAGAGUUUUGAUGAUACUUAUACGAUAUCAGAUGACAAAGUUAGACGCAUUGUGGAAAUUGUGAAACGCCACGGUGAAUAUACAGCAGCUGAUACUGGGAACGACGUGGAGCAAUUUCCCGACUCGGAUGUAACUUUCUCAGCUACACCAGUUGAAACGUUCAGUGCGAGCAGAGCUCCAACUCCAACCAUUCAUUUUUCCGAACAUCUUCAGCCGGAGGGAACAAGUUCCACAAUUAACUGUGAGGAUUUCGAGUCCAAUGUUUUCCAACUGCCAUGCAUUUUCAACAACCGUUCAUUCACCUCGUCAUCUUCUACUGGCCUUGAUAACGACUUUCAACCAAGAACUUCCGUCGAUCUUACCAAUUUCUCGGAAAAUAAACACAUUUUUGCUCAGAAUUCGAGCCAGCCUUUUUUGGAUUCCAAAGAACCCGAUAAAGCAGACGCCACUUCUGAGAACACUUCUACCAACCUCGAAUCAGGAAACUCUGGAAAUAGCGUUUUGGUGAAUAUGAUUGAAGAUUAUGUGAAGAUGGUGAUGGAUGCGUCAAAACAAUUGAAUCAGUGCAGCAGAAAUGAAACCUCUCAAGAUAAUGUGUCCACAAAUACGUCGUCGUCUUCUUCCAAUAUGUGUGUAUUGAAUGUUGGUGAAAUGAAGUUGUUGAAAGAGAAAGGGACAAAGAUUGAAACAUGGCAACAGAGAUCUGACAAAACGGAAAUUGAAAACGAAGGGCUUGAAAUAAUGAAGAGGAAUAGAUUUGAUGGAGUGAACCAGAAUGUCGCAAUUUCAGAAGAGACUUCUUUAAAAAACAAUUCAGUAGAUGACAAUGUGUCAGAGACAUCAGAUAAACCUUCAAAGCCACAGGAGCUCACAAAACUUGAAAACUGUGAAGAUCAACCGCUAGAAGAUGUUGUGUUUCUUCCGAUUGCUCCUCGCAAAUCAUCAGUUGAAAAAUGGGAGAGUGCUACUUUGAAAGCAGAGAUGUUGGGAAAUAUGGACAGUUCAUUGAGUAGCAAACCGGAAAAACAUGAAGAUUAUAAGUCGGAUUCGGAUUCAAUCUGUAGGAUGACGGGGUUCAUAGGAAACGAGGACAAAGAGUGCCGAACAUUUGGAAACGAGCACUCAAAUCCCGACCAAAUGGAUUGUACAGAAACCGAUGUCCAACAGCAAAACAAAGAAGAAUCAACAUCUGGUCCAAUUUUGGACACUGAAUGUUCAUCUUUACUACUGUUUUCAGAGGAGCUAUGCAAUUCGCUUCCAACAUCAAGCUAUUCACCAUUUGAAAAUAGUUCUAAUAACCUGCCUGAAACAUACGAUCAAGAAAUACCGAGCAAAAAAGUGAAUGACAAGGGAUUUGACAAUUCUAAUAUGCUGAGUAAUCCAACAUAUGAUCCUUCGUCACAGCCAAAAAAGAGUUCUCUAGCGUCGAUAGACUUACAUCUUACUAAACUUGAUGAUUCCCAUCAUUGGAAAACUAAGCAACCUCUGCUUUUGAGCUCUCUCAAGACUGUUUCCUCUGAUAGUGAAAAAAAUAAUGCAGGCCUGAUUGACACUCAUCCAAACAUUGCGGAAGAAAACGUCGAAGAACAACUAGCGAAAACCCUUCCGUUUUCCGAUGGAAACGAAAUUGUUGUGGCUGAUUGCAAUAGCAAGGAAGUGAAUGAUAAAGAAAAGGUCAGAAUGAAUCAGGAGCCUGGAAAUGUCACUAUUGAACCUGAGUGUCUUACAUCAGAAAACAUAUCAUGCGGUUCUAAUUUUCCUUAUCGGGGCUCUCUGAAAAGUUCGAUUGAUACGAUUGGUAAUAGGAUUACCUCUAGUAAGAAGAACGUUUCCGAGUCAGAAGGAUGUCAGAAUAGCAUGUGCCCGGAAGAAACCACUCACGAAGGUUACGAUACUUGCUCACCAACAAAAGAUGCAAACUCGUCAAGUAUUUUUGAAGACGCAAUCUCAAGUAAAACUUCUUCAAAAACUGAGACAAAAGUGGAUUGUUCUGGGGGACUUGCGAUCCUGAUAGAAGCAUCUACACACUCCGAUCAAGAAGUCGUUGAAGUCAUUGACUUACUGGUUACCACUGUUAGUCAUAACUUGUCGGAAUUCACUGUUGAACUGUCACCAGAACCAGCAACGUCUACCAUUAUCUCGUAUGUUUCUGAAUGUGUUUUACUUGAUGAUGCUGAAAAUACAAAACUUGGAAUACCGGAGGAUUCAAUCACCAAGGUUGAUGAAUGGAAAGGCAACGAAAGAGUUGAGGAUGACAGCCGAAAUCGGGAAAUUGAAACGAAUAUUGUGCAGGAAGUGAAAGAUCACACUGAAAAUGGAACGAACAACUUUGAGACUUCUGAAGCUGAGGUAGUGCUUUUAACACUUGCUGAAAAUGAUCCUGAACCACAACGUGAAACUUCGGAGAACGAAGUUUUUGACUUCAAUAAGGAAGAAACUACAAACAGCGGAAACCAGAUUGAUGCAAAAACUAUAGAAACGUCUAUUCAAUUUGAUAUCCUAGAAGAAGUUGCUAUAGAAGUCAAUAAGUUUGAAGAAACGUGUUCAAAAUCUGAUGUAACAAGGUUGGAAGACAAAAGAUUGGCAGACACAGAAAGUUGUGAAGAUGCAGGGAUAAUUGAUCUCAUUUCCAACACCGUUAACGUAGAAAAUACUGCAUCACUUGGUCAAGAUUACGAAAUUGUAGCACUCAUUGAACAAAUGGUCGACACUGUCAGUGAAUCAGACUCUGAUCGGAUAACAACAGCUCUUGUUGGCUCACUGUCACUCAAAUCAUCAGAAACCAGAACAAGUUGUGCCAACGCUAUUUCACAUGACACUAUUGGAACAGUUGCAGAGGAAGUUAAAGAAGUUGUCGAUGAUUUGUUGGAAACUGUGAGCUCGUUUGUCAUUCAAGAAAGCACUCAUUCUUUGGACUACUGGUUUGAAGAUACUGAAAAGUUUUCUAAUCUCUAUGUCAACAAUUCGAUUCAAGAUGUAUUUUGUGACACUUUCGAUUCUGCUUCUUCACUUUCUGCUGAGAAUAGUUUCCCCUGUUCUCAAAUCGUGGAUUCUCUUGAGACGAACUACAUUUCUUCUAUCAUCCAAUUUGCUGACUCCAAUGCAGAAGAUACACUGCAAAUUUUCGAUCUUGUGGAUGAAUUGACGAGACUAGCUGACAAUUUGAAUAUGCAAGAAAACGUGAGAAAAACGAGUUCUGAUCAUGAAAACAAAUUUGGAAUCGAGACAGUGAGGGAAGAGGUGGAUACAAUUAUUGAGGGCUUAUUGGAUGUUGUCUGCAACUUUGUUGUGGUUGAAGAACAAGAUGAAAAUCACUUUGAUCCUGAAGUCGUUGAUGUUUCAAUUGAACCAAGUGAAGAAUUAAUUGAAGAACGUCCAUUUGAACUUUUGAAAGAAGAAGAGAUCACUGAUGAAAACGGAAGUUUUGAAGGAGAUCAGGAACUUCUAUCAGAAGAUGAUGUUGUCAAUGUAGUUGAUGAUUUGCUUGAAUCGAUUCUCGACGAACCACAUCACAAUCAUGUGGCUGAUACUCUACUCCUUGUGAAUAGUGUCAACGAAAAUUUGGAUGAUAUUACUGACGUCUCACAAAACGAUCAAACUCUCACAGAUUCAAACGAAGGCGACACGGAGGUGACUGAAAUUGUUCUCAGCUUGUUAGAAAAAAUUGUUCAUUCUGACAAUAGUGAUGAUAUCAACGAGACGACUCCAGAUUCCCACUCUUCGGACCUUAAUGAGCGCAUGGAUGAUGUAUGUGCAUCUGAAACUGAACAAACGGCGAACGAAAACAAGAAUGAACUUGAGUCACAUGUCAAGGAAGUUGUUGAGAUGUUAAUGGAUCAAGUGAUUGAUUUUUUGAAACAAUAUGAGAGUUGUGAAGAUGAAAUUUUGGCAAAUGAAAUACCAAUUUCCGACAUUGACGUGGAUACCGUCUCAGCCACAGAAUCUGACAAUAACUCCGCUGCUCCUUCUUUCCAAAACGGGUUUCAAAAUGACACAGAAACGGCGGACGUGGUUGCUUUGAUUGCCUCCACAGAGUUUUCUACGUCUUCAAUUGAUUCGACGAGCGAGAAUGAUAAAGAAAUAGACCGGCACAUUUUGGAGGUAGUAAACACUUUAUUGAGUGCGUUUAAUUCAACGAUUGGACAAGAUGAUAAUGAUUCAAAUGAUGCAAUCUACAGUCAGCAGAAAGAGUACUCCGACGAGAAGUCGUUUGAGCAAUUGAAUGACAAUGGAGUGAGCAGUGAUCUUGACAAAGAACAAGAUAUUAUACAAAUUGUCAUUGAUUCAUCCAAUCCAAUUACAAGUUCAAUCUCUAGUGACCAUCAAACAGUAUCUCAUUUUAAUAAGCCAAACACUUCUGUAAAGUUGCAAGAUAACAUUGACUUCACUGCAAUGAAUUCAGAAAUCAGUGAAGUAAUUGAAAGCUUGCUCGAUAUAGUCAGUGAUUUUGAAGAUUCUGCUUUGGCGAAUCAGUUGGGUCAAGAAAACAUGGAUACUGUAAGAUGUGUGCUAAAUGAAAUUAUGAACUCAGUGGAGAACGAUAGCCGGAUGGUGGGGACUAAUGAUGAUGCUGAUGAUGAGAGCUGCAUUUCUGAGAUUAUUGAACAACUCCUAGAUGAUGUGGAUCAGGCCAACAAUCUAGAACGCAAAAAACGUAACGACAAAUAUCAGAACUUCGAAGACAUGCCAGCAAGUACGGAACAUCAGGAAAGCUCAAAUCAGUUCCACAAUGCUGUCGACGAGUGUUUCAAAUUGAUUAAAGAAGAAAGGAUGAGUGGAGGAGAGGAUAACCAAAGAUCAGAAAAUCAUGUAACUCCAACAAAAGAGGCAAUGGGAGGAGAUUUUGAAAACGGAGAGAAAACAUGUUCCAAGAUCGACGAGUCGCUAAAAACAGCAAUGAGAGAAGAAGUGGAUGUAGGAAAGGACUCAUUUGAUUUCGAAGAUUCAACAAAUGAAUCCGUCCGCAAUUUGGAAAACAUGAAAAGUUCGACGAUUUUGAUCCCGUUGAAUGCAGAAGAUAAUUCGGUCGUAGUAUUGGACAAGAGACCGAUCACCGCGACGGAUGCGGCCGAACACUUUGCAAAAAUUGAACAGGCUUCUAGUAAUGUAUGGCAUGAGAGCUCGUUGGAAAUCAAACGGGAAGAAAAAAAACCUGAACAAUAUCUUGAUAUGAACACUGAGAGUUGUCUGAAUUUCAACAUUUUGUCUGUGAUUGGUGAAUACGUCGAAUGCCUUGUUCACGACCAGGUAUCAUUUGCUAUGACAGAUGCUGCAACUUUCCGCCUUUCUCAUUUGGUCACUGACACACGAAAGACUUCUGAACAGUUAGAUGUGUACCUUGAUCUACCUGAUAGUGUUUCUCUGAUCUACGAAAAACUGACGACUGGAGAAGAACCAUCUUUGGAGAACUAUGAGCUUGGUGGUUAUUGUGUACUGGAGAAAGACAAACAUAAAGCAACCGAGUUGUCUGAUACCCCUCUUUUCACAAACUCAGAGGAAAUUUCUGAAACUUUGGACAAUGUAAUCUCACAACUACCAACUGUAACCUGCUUAUGCGUUCCAUUGAGUUUUUCAAACGGGGAAGCAGAAGAUCUGAUAGAAGAGGACUUACUCAUGCAACCAACUUCUGGAAUCUGUACUCCUGUCUUAGUUUUUCCUUCAGAGAAUACUCUUGAUACUGAAAGAGGUGCAACAGCUGAGGUACUGUUAAAUGGAGAUACUGAUAUUGUUCAACGUCUAGAAGUCGACAAACUUCUUGAGGUGGAUGAUAAUCAAAACUUCGAAUCCAGUUUAUCAAAAUGCGAUAUUUUCGAAGACAAAGAUCAAAACUCAUCUUCCGUUUGUGAAUCCAUCCCUUCAAUUUCCCAUACGCUGCUAUCUGAGCUCUCCAAAGUCUCUCACAACACAACUAUACUAGACUAUCUUAAGAUAAACGUCAACGAAAAGGUAUGCAAUGUUUACGCGAAUACACCGAAUGACAUUUGCACGAGCUCUCGAACUUUGAUGAAUGAGAUUUUGGAAGAAACAAAACAUGACGACACUGCCGGAAGCAAAACCAAAGAUCUGAAUCCUUUAGAUACUUGUCAACAAUCAACGUCGGAAGGAAGGAUGCCCUUGCAACAUCAAAUGAUAGUUGAAGUCAGCCGAGAUUCACCAUCAUCUUAUUCCAUCAACCGUUUUAACUUCGAUGCGGCUGCUGAGGCCAGCGACUGUAGCCUGUGCACAGAUAUGUGUGACACUGUUCCGACAAACUCUUCUCUGAAACUUUUUACCGAGAGUUCUUCAACCGAAUCUAGUUUGAAAUCUUUGGAACAGCCUUCAACUUCUUCGGUUCUGGAAGAAGUCUCUCAUUUCUUUGCAACGGCUUGUGUAGCCGCACUAGCUUACAUGUCCCCGUCAGAAAGCUCUACUUCUCUUUUCAAUAGUGACAUCAUUGAGGAUGCUUCAAAAUACAUUUCGAAUGAACUGGAAUCUAGCAACAAGGGCAGUGGAAAAUAA